CACGUACAGUAACAUCAUACAUCCACCCUACAGAACGAUCAGUACACGUACACAUUUUAUAUUCACUGCCGUUGGUAGACUAUGGCUGUUGGCAAUCCGGACUUGUCAAACAGCACCCGUAGUCAACCGUCUGAGAAGACUGUCCAUUUGUAUGUGUUCGGAGAUUCACUUAGUGACUCGGGCAAUGUUGCCGCACUUGUAGCGAACAUCUCCACAAGCUCAGUCUUCUGCAACGGUAGGUACGGCGAUGGACCUGUGUGGCACGACUACUUGGAACAUGUGCUCAACGGGACACAUCAUGGGCAUCUCUUCACAGGAUGCGAGCAUGUCGUGUCGAUUGGGAAGGGCAAGGAAGGUGAGAAUAAGGAGGCUUGUCAGAGCGGUGGAAGAGACAGCAAUCUCGAUAUCAAAAUUACUGUAAGUGGGGAGUAUGAUCUGUUGAAAGCUGAACGAUGUCAUGCAUUUGAUUGUGCGGGUGGUAGUAGAAGUGCAACAGCAACUCAGCCUGACGGCAUAGCUGAUUGUACCAUGUGUAGCCGUGCCAGUGCAACGAACAACGAAAACUGCGCUAGUGUUAAGCACAGGGACACCACAGUCACGCAUGAAUAUCAUAUAUCGAGCGAGAAUACCAGUACACCUCCAGCAGGCGGGAGAGUGUCGCCGAGACCUUCUGAACGAACCCGCCAUGCUCAUGCAGCGGAACUGCUCACAGGUCACACAUCAGACACCAGGAUUGAUGAGAGUGGUGUUAAUGAGGUUACUGCGUUUGCCGUUCACGAUAACGUGCUGAAUCGUUUUGGAAACAACCCCGGGGGUAACAAUGCCCGUUAUGAGCACCUGUCCGAUGUCGAGUGGGAGCACAUCAUCGAGGACGACAUUGAAUGCGAUGCAAUGCAAUACGGAACGGAAUACAGCACUGACACUAUCACACACGUUAGUGUUUACGAUGACAGUCUAGCUAAGCCAUCGCCGAGGGGAGAGAUGCUAAUCACGACACUGGCCAUAAAUGAGACAGAGUGCGCGUACACGGUGAAGGUACAUAACUAUGCACAUGGAGGAUCCACCACCUGCAACGAUGCGCAGCAAGGAUUUGCGACGUAUGUGAAUCCUGUCGCGAUGUGUGCGUGUUGUGUGUAUAUGUUGAUACCAUGA